GCAGCCUUAUAUGGGGGAUGCCUACGAGCUGGAUACCACCCCAGAGCUUUCCGAAAGGCAGAGGUCACAAUGAUCCCAAAACCGGGAAAGUCAGACUACUCAACCUAUCGGGCAUAUCGUCCCAUAGCUCUGCUCUCUUGCAUUGGGAAA